AUGACUUCACUUAUUGUGAUUGAAACAGUCUUAGCAGCCAAGGUGACUCCCCUGCUAAUGAAUUGGGUGAAUCGCGAAAAUCCUGAUGGAAAAUCCACGAAAGAUUCACAUCUAGUUGUUUCAGUGGCAUUUGUUGUUAUGGUUCUUGGAUCUGUGGUUUCUGGGGGUGAUGUUAGGUUUUCAUUGGCAAGAAUCAAUCGAAAUUGGAUUCUGCUGAACAUUAAAGGUCAUUUCCAGGUAUACCUGGCUCUUAUUGCCUCGAAUAUGAAGCUUACAAGUAUCUCCACGAGCAUUUCCAUGGUAUUUGUAACCUUGCUUACCAUUGUCUACUUGCCAUUUGUCGUCACAAACAUCAUUGACCGUGCCAGGAAGCACUCACCUACACAAAGAAUGGCACUUCAAUGGCACAGUCCAAUCGAUGAGCUCCAGAUUCUACUCUACAUACAUGGGUCACAAAUUGUUUUAUCAGCUAAAAAUUUCAUGGAGAUUUCUCAAGGGCUAGCAGAACCAGGUAUCAUGGUUUUUCUGACUGAUGUAAUAGAAUUAACAGAUAGGAUAUCAGCUGCAUUAACACACAAUGAGGGUGCAGAUGGCUUGACCGUGACUGAUCCAACCGUUGUUGGAAUGAGAGAGCAAAUAACAAAUGCAGUUAAUGAUUACCUGAAUAAGGAUGGAGAUGGAAUUAAUGUUAGGCGAAUGCUUGCUCUUUCCACUAUGAAUAGCAUGCAUCACGAUAUCUGCAUUUUGGCUAAGGAUCUUAUGGUUUCGUUGAUAGUAUUACCAUUUCACAAGCAACAGGAAGCAGGAUGA